GAAGAAGGAAUGGGGCAGACGUGAGAAUGACAAUAGAGGGAGAUGGAAAAGAAAAAUGUCACUCCUGCCGCCUACCAGCCCACAGGUCGGCCUGACCUAGAUACUGCGUAGUAGGUGAUGAGGCAGCUAGCUGCUUCUCACUCAGUGUGAGAACACGGAGACGUGACGAUGGCGGAGAACGAUCAGGAAGCGUUACUGUUGAAGCAGGUGGAGGACAUCACUGAUGACUGGGUGGUGCGUCUCCUGCCUAAUAUCCAUCACCUUCAGCACUACGACUACCGUCCCUCAGGUGUAGAACCUCGUCUUCACCUCAGGAAGUGGAGCAGAGAAGAGAGCUCUAACACAGACACCCUGGCCGGGUUCUCAAGCACGAGGGCCACUAUCAGCGUCGAGUACGAGGUGGAAGGGGAGGUAGAAGGGGAGGUGGAGGGCGAGGGGGCGACGACAGCCAAGAGGCUGAGGAAGGAGUACUUCUUGGUGAAGGUGAUUCCUACGGAAGGCCACAUGGCAAAUGUGUUGACGUCUGAGGGAAUGCACCACGCUGAGGUUGAUCACUACGGUCGCUUCUUGCGGGCGCUGCGGGCGUGGGAGGCGGAGCGACGGAGCGGCGUGGGCGUGAUAGCAGAGAUAGUGCCCGCCCACGCCCUUGCUGUCAGCACAGAGAACCACUUCACCCUCGUCUUGCCUGACAUCACUCAUCUGGGCUACCAGAUGAACACCGUCGAGGAAGGAAUGAGUGAGGAGCAGGUGUUAGUAGUAGCCAGCAAGAUAGGCAACUUCCAUGGCACUGUGGUAGCAUACAAGGUCAUCACUGACACCAACCUGCAAACAGCGUUCCCCAGAUGCUUCCACCAGCCCAGAGUCGACAGCCAAUUAUUCUCAGUCUUCGCCAAGGCAGGCUUCGAUAGGCUACGGCAGGAGUGGUCUGGAGAGGCUAGAUUGAGCCGCAUACUGGAACUGCUAGAGACCUACGAGGCCAUUACUGAUGUGUUUGUGGUGUCGAACCUGAAGCCUCUGGAACCGUUCGCCACGGCCCUGCACGGAGACCUCCAGCCCUCCAACAUAUUCUUCAAACACAACUCACAAGGACAACUCACUCUCAAGCUGAUCGACUGGGCGACGGCCAGGUACUCCCAGGGUCCAGUGGACUUGGUGUACCUGCUGAACGUGGGCGUUAGCACCCAGGUGAGGAGGAAGGUGACUCAGGCGGCCAAGGACGCUUACUUCGACGGGUUCAACGCAGCGCUCACAGAGCUCAACGCCAACUUGUCCUACCCGAGGGAGGUGUUCGAGCAACAGUUCCUAAAGUGUCGCCAGUUGAUGGUGAUAUGGAGUGUGAUGUGUUUCAACCUGUUCCUCACAACGGAGCAACUUCGAGAACGCCUGGUUGCUAUCCUCUCUGAUGUGCUCUUCGAUGCUGCCGUCCCACCUCCCCAACUCUCAUCCUCUGAUUCCAGCCACAGCCAAAUACCCUCAACCUGAGAUACCGGGAACCACCGGUUAUCAACCGGGACUGAUUUACUAUCAUCGGGAAUUCACAAGAUAACUGAAACCAAAUCUUUCAACAAGGUUCUCUGAAUUUCUUCCCAAAUUCAAUGAGGCCAAAAUUCCAGAGAUUACAUAAGUAUGUAAUCUAUAUUCUUAUGAUUAUUUGUCUGUUUAUUUUAGAUAUUGCAAAAUAUAAAUACGGAGCAUA